AUGAACCAUUUACGAUUGGAACUCGUGGAGCAACUUCCGCAAACAAUUCUUGAACGACAAUCACCCGUUUCAACCCAUGAUAAUGAUGCGUCUGCAACGGAUGCAACGCUUAAUGAUCAACUAGCACAGUUACGUCGUCGAGCACCAACAAGACAUUCAAUCAAAUCUUUAACAGGUCGAAAAGCAUUAUCAAAACAAAAUUCAACAAAUGAGAUUAUGUUUGGUUUUAAACGUUCAAAUAAAACUAAACGAAAAUUAACAAAAACUCCAGCAAUACAAACAAAUGCAUCAAUUGAAAGUAAAAUACUUUAUAAUGUUCCAAGUGUUUCACAAAUAGCACCAUUACCAGAAAAUAAAUCACAUGGUAUUUUACCAGUUUUAAGUCUUGAUGGACGUAAUUCAUCAGAUAUAAUACAAUCGAAUGAUCAAUUAGAAGUAAAUACAGAAAAAAACGAUCAUUCAAAUGGUCAUCAACCGGUGGGUGAAUAA